UGGAAGAGCCGAGAUGUCAAGGACGAGGCUCUUUCGUCUCCUCAAUACCAUCCUGUCUCGCAAUUACUCGAUAUACUUAACUCAGGUCCUAUCCGAGACGCUUGAUUCUAUCUGCAUAGAGGCUGUCGCUGCAACGCAUACGCCAUGGAGGACGGAAAGAAUGCCAACCCUCUCAUCAUCAACCCCUCAGACCUCCCCACCCGACGACGACGGACCUCUGCGCGAGAUGAACUUUCACAUGGCAUCGUGACCUAUCCUGCACCCACAUUUAGCAACGACCCUUUCGAGCGCUCGUCUAGUCCAUCUUCUGAGGAGAGCGACAGCGAUGUCGAAAAUGAGCCCAUUGACACCCAAGAAAUCUUUGACCUCAUUGCCACCAUGUCCGAUCCCGAACAUCCCAUCACUCUCGGUUCGCUGGCCGUGGUGUCACUCCCCGAUAUCGCCAUCAAGCCUACACUUCCCAGUCGCAAGAACUCGAACCUGGAAACCGUCACCGUCCUGAUCACACCUACGAUUCAGCACUGUAGUCUGGCAACCGUUAUAGGAUUGGGUGUCCGAGUCAGGCUAGAAGAAUCUUUGCCUCCGAGAUUCAGAGUGGAUGUCAGAAUCAAGGAGGGCACACACUCGACAGCAGACGAGGUGAACAAGCAAUUGGCAGAUAAGGAACGAGUGGCUGCGGCGCUGUGGAAUCCCACGCUGCAGAGCUUCAUCAAGAAGAUGUUGGAGACUUGUGAAUGAAUUAUGUAAAACAAAAGAGCUGUAUGAAUUCCGAAUGAAAGCGACUGAGCGUAUUUCAACUGCAUUGUCGAUGUGAUGGUUCCUUGAAUACAUCGUCCGGUGUCGUCUUACCUGCUUGGGUGCC